AUGGACACUUGUGCCUCUGCAAAGGUUCCUAUGAGUUUCAGACACCAGAUCUUCUCGGACCCAUCAGGUGUUGCUGUCAAUCAAAAUAAGUACAUGGGAAUGAUUGGAUCACUACUCUAUCUUACAGCAAGUCAUCCAGACAUCAUGUUCUCAACAUGUCUGUGUGCCAGAUUUCAGGCAAACUCCGAUUCAAACUAUGGAGGUCUUCAAAUGGAUAGAAAAAGCAAUUCAGGAGGUUGUCAGUUCUUGGGUGGAAAAUUGGUUAGUUGGUCAUCUAAGAAACAAAAUUGCAUUACUCUCUCAACAGCUGAAGCGAAGUACAUUGCUGCUGCUAGUUUCACUUCACAAGCCCAUCUAUGA